AUGUCUCUAAAACAACCCAGAAGAAUGCAAAAGGAAGAAAAGCUGUAUAUUGGCGAGGAAGAUAGAAACUAUCUGGAAUCGCUGCCAGAAACAGUGCGGGAGCGGAUUCUAUACGAAAGACAUCUUAAAAAAACAGAGGAAAACGAAAGACGGGAGCUUAAGCAUCGCAAUAAUCUGUUCACAGAGGAAGAUGAAACAGAGAGUGACAGUAGCAAAGACACAAAACGAAAGAAAGAGAAGACUGCACCUGCAGUGCCUAGCAAGGCCACCACCUAUGAUGUCUUUAAGGCUGUAGUCCUUCGUAGAAGCACUUUUGUAAGCAAUGUGUACAAAAAAGCUCUAAAGUCAUUUGAAGGAUACUACGUGAAGAUACGUCUCUUGGAGGGAUACCAUGUAUACAGAAUAACCAAGAUAUACGAAGGAAAGAGGUAUGAGAUAGAAGGCAAAGUAACAAACCAGUGGAUGUGCUUGGAGAGGGCUGGCGAUAGAAGACAAGUAAACAUCCAGAGCAUAAGCAACCGAGGCAUUUCCAAGGAAGAAUACACAAAGUAUAUUGAGGAGAAUGCAAUUGCAGGAGGAAACAAGACUCUCCAGAAAAUGCAAGUACGCCUUUCCAAAUGCCUAGAGAAGAGGAUGUCUGAAGAGGAACAGGACUAUUCUCUUGGGCAGAUGAGAAGAUUUUCAAAGGACAGAAGAAUUACUGCAAAGCGAAGACUUGUGCUAAAAGUAACUCUAGAGCGGGCAAAAAACGAGGGAAAUCUGAAGGAAAUUGAAGAUCUAGAAAGAGAGAUACAGGAGUUAUCAGAGCCGUCUGAGAUGUAUGGGGCGUAG